CGAUAGUCUGUCUUACGCAGGUCCGGCUGCCGGGACGCCUGCGCAUGCGCGGUGCCCGCAUUCCCAGGGUAAUGAUGGCGGCUUCAGCCACUCGUUGUGCGUUGCCCCGUUUAUCGGCUGCCUUGGCCUCUGCGCAACGCCGGGGCUGCUCUGUGUUUGCUGUGACAUCCAGAUGCAGGGAUGUCUUGAAACUAGAAGCUCAGUGUUGCCGGUACCGAGGCGGCGUGACAUGCGGCGGAUCUAGUGGCGUCCUGACAUUGAGAGGCUUGUCCGGUAAAGGGCUCCAUGCCAUCAACACGCACUGCUUCCACACCAGCGCCUCAUACGCGAACAAGCAGGACUAUUACCAGGUGCUGGGGGUGCCGCGCUCUGCCACACAGAAGGAGAUCAAGAAAGCAUACUACCAGAUGGCCAAGAAGUACCACCCAGACACCAACAAAGAAGACCCCAAAGCCAAGGAGAAGUUUGCCCAGUUAGCGGAGGCCUAUGAGGUGCUGAGCGACGAGGUGAAGAGGAAGCAGUACGACACGUAUGGCUCAGCUGGCUUCGACCCGGGCCAGGCUGGCGCUGGCCAGCAGCAGUACUGGAGGGGAGGGGCUACCGUCGACCCGGAGGAGCUCUUCCGGAAGAUCUUCGGGGAAUUCUCUGCAGGUCGUGGAUUCAGUGACUUCGGAGAUUUCAACUCCAUUUUCCACCAACAGCAAGAGUACGUGAUGGAGCUGACGUUCACACAGGCGGCUAAGGGUGUCAACAAGGAGAUCACCAUCAGCCUGGAGGACACCUGCCAGCGAUGCGAUGGGCGGGGCCACGAGCCCGGCACAAAGGCCCAGCGCUGCCAGCAGUGUAACGGGAGUGGCAUGGAGACUGUGAACACGGGUCCCUUCGUGAUGCGCUCGACGUGCCGGCGCUGCGGUGGGCGGGGCUCUGUGAUCACCUCGCCCUGCAUGGCGUGCCAAGGGACGGGCCAGACCAAGCAGAGGCGCACGGUCAUGGUGCCGGUCCCCGCAGGCGUGGAGGAUGGACAGACGGUCCGGAUGCCCGUAGGGAAGAAGGAGAUCUUCAUCACGUUCCGGGUGCAGAAGAGCUCAGUGUUCAGACGGGAUGGUGCGGACAUCCACUCGGACGUCAUGAUCUCUGUGGCCCAAGCCAUCCUGGGUGGCACUAUAAGGGCACAGGGGCUCUACGAGACUGUCAACCUGGCGAUCCCGGCUGGUGUCCAGUCCGACCAGCAGAUCCGGCUCGCUGGGAAGGGGAUCGCGCGAAUCAACAGCUAUGGUUAUGGAGACCAUUACAUCCGCUUCAAGAUCCGAGUCCCAAAGACCCUGACAGACAGACAGAGGGCUCUGCUCCUGAGCUACGCUGAGGAGGAGACGGACGUAGACGGGACGGUCAAUGGUGUGACCACCACUACUGCAGGUGGGGGCAGAAGUGGUCAGCAAUCUGAGGGAGGGCACAGCCAGCAAGAAGGGGGCUUCUUCUCCAAAUUAAAGAAAAUGUUUAGUUCCUGACAGCCAUAACCCAGGCAAAAGAUCCACUGGAAAUUAACUGCAGCCCUCCAGAACCACCUCUGGACUCCCACCAGCUCCAGGUCCUGCACACUGAAAUCCUUUUUCUCUGCAGUAAGAGAUUUCCCUGCUCUUCUCUGUUUGUGCUCGUCUAUUUCAGUGGGUGUGAGUUGACAGCUUCUCUCUCCUUGGGAAUGAGGCACUUUCAGUGCUCUGAGCAGGAAGCAUCUUUGUCUUUCAUAAUGACGAAGCACUUUCAGCCUCUCACACUGCUUCCAUUACACUUCACACAAAAGCCAAACCUGAGGUCCCAGUUUCUCAGUGCUCAUCCAUGAUCACAUGACAUAGACGCACUCAGUCACCUCCCAGGACUUGAUUCCAGCUGCUCUUUAAACAAUAUUGAUCGAAUUGAUCCAAUUCAUCCCGAAGAACUAUUGUUUCCCUGGUAUCAUGCUGUAAAUAGGAUUAACUGUUUAUCUGAACAUGUACUGAUGUCAAUUAAAAAAACUGGUAUAAAUGAGAA